AGUGAGAAGUGUGGUAAGUCUGAUGCUGUGUGGAGCCAGGGGAAGGCAUCAGCCGGGCCAGCCUGGAUUGGGCGGACCGUGGACGCCGCGAGUCCCUAGGCUCCGGCUGCUUCAUGGUGAGCUGCUUUCUACAGCUGAGAGGACUGUGGAAUCCUGGAGUGCAUAGCUUCUGGAGGGAUGUCUUUACAGUCUGUGAAAAUCUUUGCCUUAGCAAGAGGACUCCCCUCUCCCCGAGCCCCUGCUGUGCUGUCAUUUCGUUAUCCGAGAAGGCCCCAUUCUAGUUCAAAGGACGCUGAUGGCUUUUGAGCAGACACUCAAAAAGGAUUGGUACAGCAUUCUGGGGGCAGACCCAUCUGCAACUGUGUCAGAUCUAAAACAAAAGUAUCAGAAACUCAUAUUACUGUAUCAUCCAGAUAAGCAAAGUGCAGAUGUGCCAGCAGAAACCAUGGAGGAGUGUAUGCAGAAGUUCAUUGAAAUUGAUCAGGCAUGGAAAAUUCUAGGAAAUGAAGAAACCAAGAAAAAGUAUGACUUGCAGCGGCAUGAAGAUGAGCUAAGAAAUGUGGGGCCAGUAGAUGCACAGGUGCGCCUUGAAGAGAUGUCCUGGAACAAAGAUGAUGAGUCUUUCUCUCUGAGCUGUCGAUGUGGUGGGAAAUACACUGUCUACAAGGAUGAAGCACAAGAAGCAAACCUGGUUUCUUGUGAUAUGUGCUCACUGAUUGUGGAACUCCUUCAUCAGAGCUGAGCUGUGCCUUCAUUCCUGGGACCCUUUAACUACAAGGAAAAAAAAAUGCUGUUUUGUUAUUAACUGUGUAAUUUGUGAAGAUGAAAUCUUCAAGCAAAGACCACUUCAGAUUAACAGAUUAAUUCAGUUGUUGAUAUGUAUCUAAAAUGUAAAUUAUAGGAUAUUACAAAAGGACUUGAAUAAUAUUUUUGCAUUUUUAGCUAACUACUUGUUUUCUCCUUGAUACAAACUAUUUCCUUUUUGAAGUAUAAAUAUCUUUUUCAAAACUCACGUAAGAAUAUUCUUUAUAGUUACUAAGGGUUUUGCUUUUUGCUUUAAUCUUUAAUGUGUGUGUGUGUGUGCGUGCGUGCAUAUGUGCAUGUGUGUGUGUAAAGGACAGAGGACAAUCUGAGAAUCUAUGAAGAAUUGAUUCUUUACUUCUUCCCCCAUGUGGGUCACAAGGUCAAAUUUGGGUCCCGAGACUUUGGGUAAGUUCCUAUACCAGCUGAACUAUCUUGCUAUCUUUAAUUAUGAAGUUGUUCAUCUAAAAGAUGGUGUUUUUAGUUACUGAAUUAUAUACCUACUAUAUACCUGUUUCAAUAACUCAGGCAUUCCAAUAAGAUUAGAAUUUUUGUGAAUGAAGUGUGAGCCCUGUUCUGCCCUAAACAAGGUUGGAAAGGACCAUGUGUUAGAAAACGUGACUCUGGUCCUGGCCCUGUAUGUCUAACGCUUGUCAGAAGCUAUCUUAAGUUCAGGUGUAAUUUAGGAAAAGAAAACUUAAAAAAUGAAAUUCAACAACAACAACAAGAACAACAAACAAACCCUAAAAUUUCAACUUUCCUUUUUAUUGGAUUGCCUCCAUUUAAGGAGCCAUUCAUUUCAUUACUGGUGUGGUGAAGGGGGCUUUUCUAAUGAGUGAUUACUGACUACAGUAGACUGUAGGCAUCGUAUCUUAUGUGACUUCCUUUUGUAUAUAACAUUCUGUGUACAGUGUAGACCAGGUCUAAGUCAUGGUGUGGUCAGCAGACAGAGCUCAGUCAGUUGUCAGCUUGGACUGCUCAGUCUUACACUUAAGACUGCUAGCAAGAGGUGACAUAUGAAGUACAUUGGACAACAUACUGCUUUCUAAGUAUGGGAACCACUAAAAUUCAAAUAUGAGGUAGUCAUCUGGAUUUCUUCCCCAAGAUAUUUUUAUAUCAUACAAUUUAGAGGGAAAACUUGUAUUGGGUUAAUUUUUAUCCAGAUACUUUUAAUGCAUAUUGCAGAGUGUGAUAUUUACUCAUAUUUAAAACAUAACUAAAAUUGAAUAGCAAAUAGUUUAUUGUUAAGUUCAUGGUUUCAACUGUAGAAAUAAAUUCACUUGAAUAGGAGACAAUAAUCAAGUUAAAAGGAAAUACUUAUUAAUCAUCAGAAAAUCUGUGGCCAUUUGGGCUGUCACGCAGAAAUCCAAAGUCACUGAAAGGCCAAAUCUGUAAAAUGAAAAUACAGUUGAAUACAAUUAAUGAAAAUUCUUUAUCAUCAUGAUGUUCCCUUUUCCUUUUCUCUGUGUUAGAUACUGCAGUACAUUCUCUUCAUCAGUUAUUCUGAAAAUAAACAGGUGUAUUUAGUCUGGAGCAUUCAAACAUGAUACCAGAAAUUCUGUUUGUUUAGUAUAUCAAUGUAAGCUUGUGAAGACAUAGUUGUUUUCUCUUUACUAACCUAAAUAAGUUACACUACCAAUCUAUGCUACUUGAUUAUUUUAAGUGCUUUAAUAUGUCAUCUGUUUAAAUAUAAAGAACCUUGAACAGUAUCCAGUUGCCUUAGAUAUUUAUACACUUUUCUUCUAAAGCCUUGUGAUCAAGGGGGACCAAGUGUAGUGACAAAUACCUGUAAUCCACCAUUUGUGAUACUAGCACUUAUGAGACAGAGACAGGAAGAGAGAGUUUAAGACCUGCCUGCAAUACAGAGUGAAACCCUGUCUCAAAACAAAACUCUAUCAACCUAUAAUGAAAGAACCAAUGAAUCUAAGAACCAGUGUCUUAGGUCUAAGGCUUGUUGUACUUUCUCUACAGCCAUACACCUGCCUAUGGCUUGCUGCAUUUAACUGGGCCCAUCUGCAUUCCAAGUAAACUGAGCCUGGGCUACUGUUGUCGAAGUGUUUGCUGAAAUGCCAUGAUGUGAACUGUAAAUUCAACAGUUCUCUAGGAUACUACUAAUUUAGUUUGAAUUUUAUUAUAAAAUUUCUCAGUUGUUCCCCUUAGGAACAGGAAGGGGAGGGAAUAAUGUUUUUUGUUCACAGUUUUUAAGUAAAGGUAAAAUGUCCAUCAAAUGUAAUCACUGCAAUAGUUAAGUUAACUUGAAUGCCAUGGAUUUCAAAGUUUAAUUAAAGAGACACCCGCCCUCACCCAGCCAUCUCUUAGAAUAAAGCAUACCUUAAAGAA